AUGGAAAUUAUUCAAAGAGAAUUAAAAAAAAUUCAGUCUAAUUUUUCAUCAUUUCAGAAUUACUUCCAAGAUUCAAAAAAAAAAGAGAAACAAUCUCAAGAACUUCGAAUGAUUCUCAUUGGGCCUCCAGGUUCAGGCAAAGGAACACAGGCACCUAAAAUCAAGAAAGAAUUUUGUAUUUGCCAUUUGGCAACAGGUGAUAUGCUUCGUUCACAUGUUGCUCGAAAAACAGUGUUAGGCAAAGAGGCCAAGUCGAUUAUGGAGAGAGGCGAGCUUGUAAAUGAUGAUAUUAUGGUUGGCAUGAUCAAAAAUGAAUUGGAAGAAAAUGAGGAGUGUAAAAACGGAUUUAUCCUUGAUGGAUUUCCACGCACCAUUCUUCAAGCAAAAAAGUUGGAUGCUAUGCUUGAGAAAAAUGGAAAAAGAAUCGACCAUGUCCUUGAAUUUCAAAUUGAUGAUGAACUGCUUGUUCAUAGGGUGACUGGUCGAUUAGUUCAUCUAGCAAGUGGUCGAACAUAUCAUAGAGAGUUUCAACCGCCAAAAGAACCGAUGAAAGAUGAUGUGACAGGUGAACCAUUGAUUCAAAGAUCAGAUGAUAAUAUUGAAACACUCAAAAGUAGACUAAAAACUUACCAUGAACAAACAUCUCCCGUUAUCAGUUAUUAUAAAUCUCAUGGUAUUUGGUCGGGCUUGGAUGCAGCACAAAGCCCCUCCAAAGUCUGGCAAUCAAUGUUAAACAUAUUCACACAUUCAUGUAAAAAAGAAGGAGUCUCAAUUCAUUGA